UAUUGUUAUAAUCAACUGACAAGUAUUUACUAUUUAAUAACAACUUUUACUUUAACUUGAGUUUAACUUUAUACCUUGUAGUUUAUGAGUUAAGAUUUAUCAUCAAUCGCGAUUCACAUUGCCUAAAUAUCUCAGUAUUAUACUAAUUCGUGUUGUAAAAGGUUGAAAAUUUCAAAAGGCCAAAGAAAUUGAAUCCUUCUCAAUUCAAAAUUGAUAUGAUAUUUGUAGGAUGUAAAAAUUGUUAAUUUUCCAGUAAACUAAAUUAUAAAACUUCUUUACUACCUAGUUAAUUGAAUUAGUUAUGAAGAUAUUAAAAAAAUAUUUUAAUUAAUCAAAAAGAAUUUGUUUUACUUAAAAACAAGAAUAGAAAUAAUGUCAAUACAAGAAAUCGAAAUCUCAGAUCAAAUGUUUUCUUUAAGUCAAUCUAAUAUUUGUCGACUCUGUGGACUAAGCAAUUCAUCAAGGUUCCUGAUCUACAAAAAAGUUGAUGCUGCUGAAUUAACUAUUGCAGAUUUAAUCAACCGUUAUUUGCCUAUUCAAGUUUGUGAUGAUGAUGAAUACCCAAAAACUAUAUGUGCUAACUGUAAAUGUCAAUUGGAUAUGUUAGUAAAAUUUAUUGAUGACUUGUUAGAUGGUCAAAUGUUUCUCAAAAAUGUUUAUGAAAUGUAUAAGUCUAAACAACUUUCUUCGGCAGAAUAUAUACCUUUGGUGGAUGAAAGAACCAAUAAUUUCAAGAAUAAUAUAAACACUAAAAGUAAUGAUGUAGAAUUUAUAUGUGAGACUUGUGGUUUAACGUUAGACAACAAAAAUGAAUUGAAGGUUCAUUUGAAAAAUCAUCAUGAAGAAGAACAAAGAUCAAGUGAUACUGCCACAGUCAAAGUUGUUGAAAGAUUUUCAUGUGAAUAUUGCAAGAAAACAUUUGCUCAUAAAAGUGGGCUUAAUACUCAUUUAAAAACUCAUAAAGGUGAUAAAAAGUAUGUAUGUAAAGUAUGUAAAAAAAGUUAUUAUCAAAAUGGAAACCUACAAGAACACAUGCGCAUACAUACUGGAGAAAAACCUUUCAAUUGUGAAUAUUGUACAGUGUCAUUUAGAACAUCAUCUCAGUUGAAAACUCACAUUCGAUGUCAUAGUGGUGCUAAACCUUACAAAUGUUCAGUGUGUGAACGAUCAUUCCCACAUAAUAAUACUCUGAAAAUUCAUUUAAGGCGUCAUUAUAAUGAUCGACAAUACAAUUGUGAAUAUUGUCCAAAAAAAUUUGUUGAUCGUACAGCGCUGGUCAGACAUUCUCGUACACAUACAGGGGAAAAACCAUAUUAUUGUGAUUUGUGUAACAAGGACUUUGCAACAGUGACAAAUUUUAACAAACAUAGAAAAAUACAUAUGAAAGAUAAACAUUCUACUGUUUGGGAGCUAACUACAAAAUUCCAAAAAGGCAGUUCAGAAAUUGAUUAUAUAAAUGCUACAAUAAUUAAUGAUAAUGAGUUACAGGCGUGCGAUAGAACAGAAGACUUAUUUUUAAUUUCCAAUCAAGUGAAAGAUCUGAACACUGAUAUACCAUCUAAUAGUGUUAAUAAUUUGGAUGACCUAUUAAACGUCAACACUUCCUUCACGUCUUUGAAUUCUAUUAGCUUUAAUGAAUCUAUGUUAGAAUUAGCUGAAAACAUAGUAUCAUAAAAUUUAAUUUGUAGAUAUAUUGCAUAUUUAUUAUUUAUAUGAGCUAAAUUAAUAAUAUUUUGUAUAUUUAACUAAUGUCACUGCAAAUUUUCAACAUUACUAUCAGUGCCAUUGAUAAGACUGAUGACCACAGAUUUUAUCCAAUUGGUAAUACACAUUUAAUUGUAAUGUGGUCAAAACUAUAUUCAAUCUUAGAUUAUGUUGUAUUAUUCAUAUGAUUUCAAACGUUGAAUUUCUAUUUUUUUAUAAUUAAUUAGAAUUGAUCAGUCAAUCAGUGUAUCUACUCUAUUUAUGAGUAAACACCACAAUUUUUAAGUAUAUAUUUUGUUCAC